AUGGUCCAUACGAAGGCCCAGUCUCCCCUCAAAGACAACAACUCUACAGGGCUGGACCUUAACUCAAUAAACACCGAAAACGUUGACAUUGUUAGACAACUUCUGAACCAAGAAACUAUCAUUAGGAUGACCUUAGUGAAAAAUGUCCAUACUUUAAUGAAAGACAUGCUGAGCUUACAGGAAAAACUCGCUGAGGCUGAAGUUGAAAUCUCCUCCCUGAAGAAAUCGACUGAUAGCGAACUUACCGAUUUGAAAAACGAAGUGAUGCUGCUGAAACUCGAAAAUGUGAAUGUGAACAGCUCGAUGGACAAUUUAAAGUCUGCCCUGAGGUUGUCAGAGACGGAGCAGUUAAAGUUGUCUGCCGCUGUAUCGUCCUUGGAACUGUUGAGAGUGAACUUAACCAACCAUGAUCAUGAUAAAGCUACGAAAUUCGCAUUUACUGCGGGUGUUACCUCAAGCAACAAAACUUGGAGAAGUGGAGUUAUGGUUUUCGAUAAAGUCAUCUUUAGCAUUCGAAGCGGAUAUAACCCAAGUACGGGAGUUUUUACGGCCCCGAUAGAAGGAAACUAUGUCUUUUAUGUCAGUGCUGUGGAGUUUUCUAACCGUUAUCUCGGAGUCUUUAUCGAUAAAAAUGGAAAACAUCAG